GCUAGCCACCAGCUGCAGGAGAUGAAUUGUAUAUAGAGUGAUCAAUGUCGUCGCAAUAUUAUCUCUUGUAGUGUCCUGUUUCCCAUGCGUGGAAUGGAGAUGCAAUCACAUGCUUGCCUCCUCCUCCUCCUCCUCGUCAUCGUCUUGAUAAUCCUCUCUCCACUCCAUAGCCAGAGCGCUGCCACCAUCACCAAUGGCACCGCCGACGGCAGCGAGAGAUGGGGCUAUGUACAAGUCCGGCCAAAGACGCACCUGUUCUGGUGGUACUACAAGAGCCCGCAGCGGGUAUCGUCGCCGGCGAACCCAUGGCCAACCAUCCUCUGGCUCGAGGGAGGACCGGGAGCCUCCGGCAUCGGGCAGGGCAACUUCGUGGAGGGUGUUGGGCCGCUUGACGCCAACCUGAACCCUCGAAACUCGACGUGGUUGUCCAUGGCCGACCUCAUCUUCGUGGACUUCCCGGUGGGCGUCGGGUACAGCUACGCCGAGGACCCGAGCAUGAUGGUGACGAGCGACUUGGAGGCGGUCUCGGACGCCAUGGCUCUCCUGGAGGCUCUGGUCCAAGAGAUACCCACGCUGCCGGGCGGCAGCCCGCUGUUCCUCGUCGGUGAGUCCUACGGCGGCAAGUUUGCCGCCAUGAUCGGCGUCGCCGUCACGAGAGCCAUCCGCGCCGGCACCAUCAACCUCACCCUCGGAGGUGCGACGAUGAGAUCUUGCAACUCAACCCAGCAGUUUGCAAAUCCGGAACACAACACAUCCUUGAUGUCGUAUCCUUGGUUACUGACGGCCGUGUCGCGGUUGGACGACAUCAAUUUCGGGAAGGCCAUCCAGAUUGCCCAUAUGCUGAAGCAGCAGACGGAUGCGGAGCAGUUCACUGCCGCGCUCAAGACAUUUAUCGAUAUAUUCGACUUGAUCAGCUCCAGCAGUGGCUAUGUGAGCAUAUAUAACUUCAUGACGGAUAACAGCAUGGACCCAUUUGCGCCGUCAGGCUUCGCACCAAGAUUUCUGCCGUCAGGGAAGAACAACAGCCUGCUGGUGUCGAGCUCAAAUAGCAGCAGCACAAUAAUUGAUGACAUCAUGAACGGGGUCAUCAAGCAGAAACUGAAGAUUAUACCCAAGGAUCUUGUGUGGCAAGAUGCGUCGCUUGCGGUCUUCGAAUCGCUCAGCAACGACUUCAUGAGGCCAGCAAUCGAGCAGGUUGAUGAACUACUGUCUCUUGGCGUUAACGUCACAGUGUACAACGGACAGCUUGACCUCAUCUGCUCAACCAUUGGCGCAGAAGCAUGGGUGAGGAAGCUCAAAUGGAGCGGACUGCAUGACUUCUUAAUGGUGCCAAGGAAACCAAUACACAAUUGUAAACCUGGUUACCUCACCAAUGGAUUUGUGAGAUCAUACAAGAACCUGCACUUCUAUUGGGUCCUCGGAGCUGGACAUUAUGUUGCUGUCGACCAGCCUUGCACCGCCAAGUACAUUAUAGGUAUAAUAACUCGGUCUCCAGCUUCUGGGACUUAGUUUCACUUCGAGGAUCGAUCGAUCGAUGACUGUGAACUGCUGGAAUAAAACGGUCCAGUCUGAUGUAUUUGAUGGAACAAUUAAUAGUGCAUGUGCAUGUAUCGCAGUAUAAAUGUACGUACUAUGAUGCAUGUGCGGUUGUAUAUAUUUUAAUUACCCACAUUAUGUGGGCCACAUACGUACACUACUGUUCGGUUUUGGUGUGUUUGUUUUA